UUCAUUAUUUAUUUUCCUGUGGUCUCCCUCUACUGCUGGUAGGAAAGUGCUCCAUUCGUGUCCCACUCUGCCGUUUUCCUGCUUUUAGCUGCUCUCUACCCAGACUGAAGGUGUCUAAAAGGGAAUGGAUCUGUGGACGCCGAGCUGACAAGCUGCUGUGCUGACCAGUAAUGCAGAAAUAAGACACUUGGACCGUAACAGACUCUUUACAACCUCGCAGGACUUGUUUUACUCUGGAACUUACUAUUAAACUUGUGCUAAGCUUUUUUGAAAUCUUUGAUUUUUUUUUCUUUUUUGCCGUCUUUGUGCUGGCUUUCAUUGACCGUAAACAAAUAAAACAUGGCAACUGGAGAAACAACAGGACUUUUUCUCAGGAUGACAGCGAAGGGAGAGGGGACAGUAGAAGGCUGGACUUUUUGCAUGUUUUAUGGGCUCAGGUUAGGGGGGUGAGGAGCAGGUGGAGAGAUGAGGCAGAGGAGUUUUGGCUCUGGGUGGGUGUUGGGGGGGUGAUGGUGGUGUGAGGAUUACGGGCUGUGGUUGGGUAUGCCAGUGCCACGUGUCUAGCCUGGCACUUCUUGCUUGUCGAUCUGGAGGAUGUGGGACUGAGAGUCUUGCUGAGCCUGUCCAGCUUCUCUCUGAGCAAAAAAGUGGGAUCAGUUAUUCCUUCUCCUGAAUUUCAGCAAACUUAAAGGAUUAAAAAGCUCUCUACUCCAAACAUUUUUCCUCCUGAUUUUCGACAGCUAUUUAGAGCGUGGAGAUCCACCAACACUGGGCUGUUGGCUUUUUGUAAUCUUUCAUCAGAACACAAAAGUAGGACAAGUCUCAAGGUUUUUGCUGCUUAAAGGAGUAUGUUGCCGAUGCUCUCCCUCUGCUCCAUCAUUUGGCUGAACCGCGGAAUCAAGCUGAGGAAAGUACAGCAGUCCAGCAACACUGGCCAGCUCUGAAGCUGCUGCCACUGCAGUCAUUACAGCAGCUACGUUAUAAACUAGUAAAAAUGCUUCUAAGCUUUGGGUGACUUUCCCCUCCUUCCUUCAGCCCCCCCCAGCCUAGAAACCACAGCGCCAACACCUCCCUUUAGUGACUCAGCAGCAGCUUCAGUUUCUGAGCAGGAUUCCAUAAUUUUCGAAAAAAGGAACUCCUCCGAUGGCGACAGAUGGUUUUCAAUACCGUGUGCUCUACACAUUUACCAAGGACCAGGAAGAGGACUUGGACCUGCAGCCAGGGGACCUCUUGACCGUCAGCAAGGCCUCUCUGAUGUCAGUGCAGAGCUUUGAGGACGGCUUUGAGGAGCACCCGGAGCAUCUAGGCUGGCUCCUAGGAUACAACGAACGCACCAAGCAGAGAGGCGACUUCCCAGGGACCUUCGUCGAAUUUGUUGGUCCCAUCAAAAUGGCCCAUCCAUCAAGUCAACCAAGGUCCCAGCGACCUCUCCCAGCUACUCCCAUACCAGAACCAUCUCACACUGUUCCAGUGCCAGACCUCAGCCAGCAGUUCACUCCACCAGAGACGGCUCCCCCAGCCCUGGUCAGACUCAUCCAAGCCAUCGAACACAGAGGUCUGGACUGCAAAAUAUUGUACAGAACAGCAAGUACAUCAGACAGCUCAGUAUACACCCUGAGCACUGAAGGCGAUGCUGCUCAGAGUGACAUGGGUUUCCUGUCUGAGAGCGUCUUGCGCUACUUGAGAGACCUCCCAUCACCUGUCAUCCCUGCAUGCGUCUAUCCGCAACUUCAAAUUGCAGCCAUGCAGCAGCUGCUUCACCAGCAGUUUCUAGAUGGAGCUGUUGCUGGUAGCCAUGACAGAGAGGUGAGUCUGGUUCUGGAGAACUCCACGGUGGUCCCGCUCCACCAUCAUCUCACCUUGCAGUAUCUGCUCACACAUCUGACCAAGGUGCUCCAGGCACAGGCCAGUAACGGCCUGGACACUCACACUCUGGGAAGGAUCUUUGGCCCCCUCCUGAUUCGGACAAGCCCCUCUGCCCAAGGAUAUUCAUGGGAGGAGGAUUUUCCCAUCCUAGUGGUGGAGAGGCUGCUGGUGGAGAGAACUGCACAGCAAGACUUCCCUCCUCCUGUUCUUCCAGCGAAACCAACCAAAUCAAAAAUAACCCCAUCAGAUAUGACGGACACAAGCAGCCUGCUGAACGACGCUGAGUGGUACUGGGGAGAUAUUUCCAGAGAGGAGGUGAAUGAGAAACUGCGAGACACUCCAGAUGGAACCUUUCUGGUGCGAGACGCUUCCAGCAAACUGGAGGGCGAAUACACUCUGACUCUCAGAAAAGGAGGGAACAAUAAACUGAUCAAAAUUUAUCACCAGGAGGGUCGCUAUGGCUUCUCAGAGCCUUUGACCUUCCAGUCUGUGGUGGAGCUCAUCAAUCACUACCACCAUGAAUCCCUGGCUCAGUACAACGCCAAACUGGACACCAAACUGCUCUACCCCAUCUCCAAGUUCCAGCAGCUGGUUAAGGAGAACAGCAUAGAGGAAGUGGGAGAGCAGCUCAAGGUCUACCAUGAGCAAUACCAAGAGAAGAGCCGCGAGUACGACUCUCUGUAUGAGGAGUACACUCGCACCUCACAGGAGCUGCAGAUGAAGCGAACAGCCAUUGAAGCCUUCAAUGAAACCAUCAAGAUCUUUGAAGAACAGUUUGAGACCCAGGAGAAAUACAGCCGAGAGUCUUUGGAGCGAUUCCAAAGAGAGGGCAAUGAGAAGGAAAUUCAAAAGAUUCAGAGCAACUCUGAGCGUUUGAAGUCCCGCGUGAAGGAAAUCCAUGACAGCAAGCGAAAACUGGAGCAAGACCUGAAGGAGCAGGUGUCUGACAACAGAGAGAUUGACAAGAAGAUGAACAGCCUCAAGCCAGAUCUCAUGCAGCUUCGCAAGAUCAGGGACCAGUACUUAAUAUGGUUGACACAGAAGGGAACAAGGCAGAAGAAGAUCAAUGAAUGGCUGGGCAUAAAGAUCGAUGCUGAUGACUCCUAUUCUCUGGAGGAAGAUGACAGCUCACCUCACCAUGACGAUUGUACCUGGUAUGUAGGUGACAUCAGGCGCUCCCAGGCGGAGGAAAUGUUGAGAGACAAAUGUGAUGGAACCUUUCUCAUCAGGGAAAGCCAAUCACAGAAGGGCUCUUAUGCCUGUUCUGUUGUUGUUGAUGGCGACACAAAGCACUGCGUCAUCUACAAGACACGCACAGGUUAUGGAUUUGCUGAGCCCUACAAUCUGUACUCGUCUCUCCAAGAGCUGAUACUCCACUACAAAAACGUCUCCUUGGCCCAACACAACGACCAUCUGAAUGUAAAUCUAGCUUAUCCAGUCUUGGCCCGCUCCCAGAACCUGAAGUAGAACCAGCAGCCCAGAUGAUCUGUAGAUUUACCAGCAGUGGGGCACCGAGCCUCUGGAGUCCAGGACAGUGUCAACUGUUUCAGGGAAAGAAGUGUAUUUUUGUUUGGAACCUGAAACAUCUAUAGUUCCCUAACAGAACCCAGUCCAUUAAAAAACACUCCUCCCAAAAAGCACAUCACUACUGACACAGAGCUACUGGCUGAGAGAGUAAAAGUGAGCCUCUACAUUAGCCAGUCACAGCUCUACUGGGUAAAAUCUACAAAAGGCCCCAAACAUCCACAGGAAGGUAGACUGGACACAGAGAUGUUAGAGACAACAUGUGUUAAAGGAGAACAAAAUAAGCACAAACAAGUCUUUUUAAGGCUGCACAAAAGAGAUGGAAAGAGCAUGUAGUGAAACUAUUGGAAAUAUUGAACUUUUUUUUGUUUUUGUUUUUUUUUGUCUUGAGCACAAAGUAUCUGUGUUUAAACAAAUGUCCUAUGUGUAAACUCCAGACUUUCUGGAAACACAGACAAAAGUAUGCUUUUUAACUCCAUAAAGGAAUGGCUGCUCACUUCCCACCUGAAGCCACCGUCAGCCACCUGAGAGGAUCCAGCAGGUCGGGGCUGGGCUGUGGGUUUUUAAGGGUUUUACCUUCCAGAAGCACACAGGAAUAGUACUGAGUGACCACAAGCUUCUGUCACUUUACAUUUUAAGGGUUGAAAGGAGAGGACUGGGAAUAAUAACAAUGUGGCUACAGCUUUAAAAGAUAUACAGGCAGGUAUAUUUUUUAUAGACUCAUUUAUUUCCAUCUGCUUUGCUGUGUGGCUCUCUCAUUAGGUCUCUUUUUGAACUAAUGAGGAAAAAAAACAUUAAACGAUGAUUAGGAGCAAAUGCAAGGUACAUAUUUGCUAUUUUGUCAAUGGCAGAAUAUACAUUUUGAAUCACAGUACGCUAGAUUGUGAGGUACAUUUACAAACACAGUUCUAUGAUUCAGGUGUGCUGCAUCUGACGCCUCUUCCUGUUUUUCCUCCUCUAAUACUGUAGCACCCGUAGCUAUUGACACUCUGCACUGUUAGCACUAACAACUUCUUUUGCGUGUAGAUUCACUGCGGUACCAGCGCUUGUUGAGUAUCGACCUCUGUGAUUCUUCUACCAUCGGUACUGAAUUAGUUUCCUGUAAAGUUGGAAUAGACUCCCAGUGGUGUAAUCCCCUCUCAGAUAAACAGAGUUUAUGAUGGUACAUCUCUGCUGCACCUGACUGUUCAUUUAAUCUGAUGCUUUUCAUCUGAUUCAAACCUGGAGAACAUUAAUGUACAAAAAAGAGAGAAAAGAAGGCAGUAAUAUAUGUUGUGUACAGUAUAUUUUAGACACACAUGCUUUAGAUGUAUGUGACUUUAUAGAGUUCCCUAGUUUCCUUUAUGUUUUCAGAAAAUUUGUUGUUUUCUUAGGUUCUGUUUGAGGAUUUGGAUGAUCUGUCAAAUGUCAGGAAGUGUUCUCAUGUAGCACAACAGGAAUAAAAGAACACAUCCUUUUGCCAUUCAGCUAAGAGAUUACCCGCUAUGACGUGUAUGGAGGUCUUCAUUUGUUUUUGUUUUGUUUUUUUUAAUUGGACAAAUGGUUGAAAAUCAUUUGUGUGGUACUCCAGGCACACUAAAUUUUAGAUUGAGGAUCCAUCUCCAGAUCAGUCCAUGUCUACUUUUCUGUACUGUGGCUUUGAUCUCCUCUUACUGUUUCUGUGUGCGUUUGGCUCAAGGGACUAAUUGUUGUCACCACCAUCGCUUUUAAAUGACAGUUGUACAGAUACAGAGAUAUGCAGUUCCUUUUGUGGUCAGUGGAGGCACUGCAGAGACAAGUUACAAGGCUGCUUUUAAAUUUGAUUCUCAGACACAAAUCUUUCAUAAUUUCUUACACAAAUGACUGAGAAUGGUAAAAUAUAUAUUUUUGUAACCUGGAGCAGACCAGUCGUUUAUGAUCGAGUGUUUAAUACUCUUUGCUUCAUGUGUUUUUGUCAGGGUUAGAAAUGUUUCCAAUAUGCGAUCUUCACCAGUGUUCUGCUCCUAACAGCAGGCGAAGAGGUGGCAUCAGAAGUUGUUUGUGAAGACCUUUGCUUCGAACUUGAGCACAGCUCUUUGAGUGUCGCCGCUUACUGAGCUGAAUUGACCCUGGGAAGCUCAAAUUAAGAUGGAUCCAUUGUACUAUAGAGUCAUUUGCAUAGUUGUUUGUACGGCGUAGAUCCCAGGAAUGAAAGCAGAGGCAGCAGCCAAGCUUCUGGUUAGAGGUCUACAGUGCUGAGGGAGUGCCUUCUGUUAUCCUGAGGGGUUUGUGUUGUGCUUGUUGUCACCAUUAGAUGGUGCCAUCGCCACCAUGUUGUCGUGUCACACAUUUGCCAUAUCUAAGGUUAAGGAAUAUCUGGCAAAUGAGCCUAGUUGUUGUGUGUAUGUGUAGUGGAGAGAAUGACCGGCUUUGCUGUAACAUCUGAGGUUUUUACAUCCUUUUUUGUUCAGUUGCAGCUGUACAGUAGCUUGGUUCUCUAUCGUUGUGUACUAAAGCUUUGGGUUUUUUCUAUAACUAUCUGGAAUGAAACACAGAUGAGUUAGAAAUGUGAACAGUAUCCAUUUUUAGCCUUAUGCAGUUCUUUGCUAGCCUCCCAAGUUCCAGCAAUAUUCUUUUUUUUUUCUUGGAUAUCUUGAAGUGGGUUGUGUGAAGUACAUGUGACAGCAAAGGACUGACCUGACAUAAACAAGCAGCAGCAACAUCCCAGUUUGGAGAAUAAAUAAAAAUGGUUCUAUAUGUCAAAUAUAUAUCUUAUAAGCUCAGCAUUGGUGAGAAUAAACUGCCUUGCAUGCAUUUCUUUAAAUUUUAUCCUUCUAUCAACAAUUAACGUAACUAUCCAAUACCCACGAAGAGUCAAAAAAAUUUGAAUGAUUUAAAAAGACGUUUCUUGCCUUGUUCUUGUUUGACUGAAAAUUCUCUGGAGUCUUCUUCAUUUUUCUGAGUACAAUAAUGCUGAUUCAAAUUUUAUUUCUUAAAAUAUGAACCUCUCCUUUUCAAAGUUAUUAGAAAGCUAUACUCAGUAAAUAAAUACGUAUAUCUAGAUUUUUCAUUUUGUUAAGCUCUGACCUUCUAUAGCCAAUUAAUGCUACUUUUGAUGUCUCUUGAUUCACUAUAAAUGAACUACAUAUAUUUCUACUUCUUGGAUGAACUGACAGUUUGACUGUCUUCACAAUAAAAUUUUCAUUUUUAAAUAAAACCAGGAUUACCAAUAAUCAGCUUUGCGUUUGUUUGUGAAAUAUAGAAAUGCAUAAUGUCAUCCUUCAGUAUGAGCAAAACCCAACUAAAAAGAAUUCUCCCAAAUGAGAUUUCUAAGACAAAUUGUAGACCACUAAGUUUAGUUUGAUUUUCUCACAUAUUCAGUAUAUAUAACAUAUAUUUAGACAAAUCAUUUAAUCUUCAAAGUCCUUUGAAAAUAUGCAGAAAGACAAUAACACAUUAAUUUUUUGUUUAUUUAUUGAAAUGUUCACCAAUAUUAUUGCAUAUGGCAUGUUUUCCUAAUAUCAUGCAGCCCUGCUUACUAGGUCUUCUUCCUCCAGCAACAACUUCCACUCUGAAAAGUGUUGUCAGUGAAGUCUGUUAGUGAUAUGGUGCACUCUCCUUUCUGGUCACCAGCUGAUUGUUCCAUGCUUCUCUACUUAGACAUCACCAUGACUUAAGAACUCCUUUGAACUCUCUCAAUUGACAUCUCCAAAGGCUGCCUCUGCUGGCACAUACAUAAGGUGACUAACGAAGCUGGAACAAUGCCUACAAACAAAAAAAGUAGCACCCACUUUCAAAGAAAAAGCACAGAUGAAAUUCAUUUUAUACAAUCCAUUCUGUGUAUGGAUCAGGGUCAACCAAAACGCCUUGUGGUCCAAUGGUUUACAUUUGCAGCAGUGGAGUAAAUGCAGAAAUCAAAAUGUAAGACAUUUUAGUUGUUAGUUCACUUACUCUGCUGGUGGCUCCCAGUUCAAUAACGGGUCACAAAUCUUCUGGUUCUUGACUUACUAAAUCCAGUGUUUUGAUGUGAGCUGCAGACAGAUGGGGCAUCUCGAAGCUCAGUCUCUCCCUGAAUUGACACACUAAUCACAUCCUGAGUCACCUCCUCUGUACAUUGCUGCAAUAAAUCAUUUAUCUCCAGUGGCAUGCGAGAGAGGCCAUCUGCAUUCAUAUUGUAUUUGCCUGGUCGAUAUUUAAUGGUGAAAUUGAAAUCUGCAAGUUGGGCAACCCACCUAUGACCUGUGGCAUUUAACUUGGCUGUGGUGAGAAUAUAGGUCAGUGGAUUAUUAUCUGUAUAUACAGUGAAGUGAGGUGCAUGGUACAGAUAAUCUCUGAAUCUUUCACAUAUUGCCCACUUAAGUGCUAGGAAUUCCAAUUUUCCUGAAUGCAUGUGAUAAUUUUUCUCAGGUGGGGUCAAUGUUCUAGAUCCGUACCCGAUGAUAACCAUUUUGUUAUUUUGUCUCUGAUAUAGAACUGCUCCCAACCCUACCUGGGAAGCAUCAACAUGCUUCCCAGGUAGGGUGCACCCAACCAACCUCCAUGGAAGGAGGUUGGUUGGGUGAGAUCUUGAUACCUAAGGAUGGGAGGCUCAGUGAGUUUGUCAAUGAGUGUGUUUAAUGUCUCUUGAUGGUUCUGUGUCCAGUGAAUGGGAGUGUUUGAUGGGAGGUUACCUUUAUUUCUUGCAGUGCUGAUGUUCCGCCUGGCCUUAUGGUUUCAUGAUGGUGAAUUUUUAGGUUGAUUUUCAGGUGGACUGACCAGAAGCUGGUCAGUCCAGGUUUAGCUAUUCUUGAGAAGUUUGGUAUGUAUGUUAGGAGAUAAAUCCCAGCAUUUUUCUCAGAUCUCCUACAGUUGGGGUUCUCUCCUUCAAAGCUUGAACUGGUGCCACUUCUUCCGGAUCAAUCAUGUAGCCCUCACCAGAGACAAGACGUCCCAGAAAUCUCACUUUUCUUUUGAACACCACACACUUCUUUGGGCACAACUUCAUGCCAUGCUUCUGGUAUCUUUGCAACACAGUUCUCAUGUGGUUGAGAUGAGCCUCAAAACUUGGGCUGUGAACUAAAUUAUUAUCCAGAUAGGGCUGGCAUAUCACAUCCCUUAAGCCAACCAGACAUUUAUCCAUGCUUCUUUGGAACUCUGCUGGGGCAGCACUCAAACCGAAGGGGAUUCUGAUCCACUGGUACAGACCCCAUGGUGUUAUGAAAGCAGUUAAGGGCUGACUUUUCUCAUCCAGAAACCCUUGACUUCCCCUGAUCCAAUACACAGAACCAGGAGCUACCAGUGAGAGAAUCAAGCAUGUCUUGAAUCCAGGGAAUGGGGUCAGGGACAGAUUUUCUGUUUAAUUCCCAGUAGUCACAGCACAACCUCAGAGCCCCAUCUUUCUUGCUCACACACACCACUGGUGAUGCAUAUGGGGAGGUUGACUGAGUUAUCCAGCCUCUAUUCAGUAGAUCUUGAAGGUAUUCUUUAACUUCCUGAUGUAAUGGCUUGGGAACUGACAUAUGUUUUCUUCACUGGAGUGGUGUCAUACAGAGUGAUGUGAAGUUUCAGGGAGGGAAUUAAACCUAUGUCACCUUCAUCAUAAGCGAAUGCAUGACACUCUUCUCUCAGUAUCUGUCUCACAGUCUGUCUUUGGCUUUCCGUUAAGUGGCUGAGGUCAACUGAGGAUCCCACCGUAUUGGCUUCUGUUUUUCUGCUUUGCUGUUGCUAAUCAGAGACUUUGUUCUGGGUUGAAGUGUCAUCUUUAUGUUGUUCACCAUCAGUGAUGUUCAACUGUUGCGCAUUUACAGUAUAAGCUGUCUUUACUGCUACUAGAUACCCCAGGACUGCACGCUGAUACAGAGUAACAUUAUACUUAUGUUGGAAAUUGGGACUGAUACAAAUCCUGACCUUUCUGUAUUAACAGUCAUGAGACCCUCCUCAACACUGACACCCUCUGGCAGUACUGAUUCCUCCAAGGGAACAAAAAGAAGAUCCUCCCCUCUGAACUGAGCUCCAGUAUUCACUUUAACAUGUAUGAUGGUGAUUUGCUCAGCUGCUAACUUAAUUUGACUUCUCCUUGUGUUCACAAAAUCCACAUCAACCUGGCUAUCUGAUGUCUGAAUUAGUUUGACCAUUGUCUCUGCAGUUUGGACAUUACACCAAAGGCCACACACACAUUUUGGAUGACUUCAGGUUUUCUGUGUUGAAGUGUGUUGUCUCCUAGCACUUCCUCUAUAACACUGUAGCCAAUUAUUGGCUAUUGUGCCACACUGGAGUCACUUGACACAAGAACUGGUACCAACAGGGGUUCUGCUGAGAGCGAGUCUUUACCCAGUCUAAAUUCCACUUCCGCCCAACCCAGAAAAGGAAUUUGUGUCUGAUUUGCUGCAAGCCCAAUAAGUGUAUUCACCUCCAGAAGUUCAUUCAGAGGUCUAACUCGCUGGUGUGGUAAGUGUAAUUGUCUUCAUUCUUCAUUAAUGAGACAUGCCUCAGCACCAGUGUCCCAUAAUACUUCUAUUGGAGUGGCACAGCCAGUAAUGAACAAUGCAUCUCUUACCUAUGAGGUUCAGAAGUUUUUCUCUGCUCCGUGGAUUCAUGUAGUAAGGUGUUGGGGUAGGUGAAAGUUCUGUAUAGGAACUUGGUUUGUUUGUGGUGGGACUGAGUGUUUUGUGUGGGGGUACAUUUUUUCCUUCAGUUCUAUAGCUCUAAAUAGGAAGUUCUGUGCCGAUUCUUUUGGAUCUUGUAAAAUGUUCAUCAGCUGAUGAAGGAGGUCAGAGGAAGAGUCAACUUUCUCUCUCAGGUGGAGCCCUGGGCUUAUGGCAUGUAUGACUGCUUCCAGGAUCUCAGUCUUUGAAUAUCCUUUCCUCUGCCCAGAUUCAUUUUGAUUGAUCAGGCUCGUAUAGGGCAAUUUAUCCCUCUGACCAGCUUCUCCAAUCUGCCCACAAAUCCGAAACUCCCACCUGAGGGUCACUUCUGGUAUUUGAGGUGAUGGAGCACAGUGUGAUUCAGUCUCCUCCAUAUGCACCAUCAUACUCAGUUUCUUCUAUAAAACCCCAAUUUCCUCCUCUAUACGCUGUCGGGCUUUGUUAUGUUCCUCCCGCAAUUCCUUGUACUUGACUUUUAGUAAGUUUAAUUCACCUUUGUCAGCUUGUGUCUGUUCUGGUGUUCCGGUCUUGUGCGAAAUUCUGUUCCCCCAUGAAAACAUGUUCCCCCUGUGCCGGGAGCACGCAUUGCAGCCAGAGAGGUGGAUCCGGCGGAUCUGACCAUUUUCAAGGCGCUUCUGAUCGAUUUCUCGGUAAAAA